AAAUAGACAUAUAGAUUUACUUGGCUUUAUACAAACAUAAUUUCCCAGCUCUAGAAUGUGUCAUAGGAGUUCAAGUUCUGUUUAGCUGUUUGGAAUUGUGUUUAAUCGUCUCUGCCUGCAUUCUUUUGUUUUCAGUUGCAACUCUUAACAUUGAAGAGUUCAAGAUGGAAGAAUACAUCCCACCCACGACUAAAAUUCAUUUCCAAAGCAAUAAGGAAUAUCAUGUAUUUCUGAGUUUCAGGGGAGAAGAUGUUAGAAAGAAUCUGGUUGAUCAUCUCUAUGAAGCUCUCACUGCUGCCGGACUCAAUGUCUUCUUAGACACCCACAAAUUGAAAAAGGGGGAAAUAAUUGGGUUGAGCUUGGAAAGAGCAGUGGAGAGCAGUGCCAUACGCAUUCCUAUAUUUUCAAAAGAAUAUGCAGAUUCUGUGUGGUGUCUCAAGGAGGCCGCCGCCAUGUUGAAAACCCCAGACUUGAUCAUUCCUCUGUUUUAUGAUAUGGAUCCAACUAAUGUUAGAUAUCCUCUCAAGGACUCCAGUCCGUACAAGCAAGCAUUUCUAAAACAUUAUACCCAUUCAGAUCAAUGCCAGAGAGAAGAGAUUGAGUGGUGGAAGUAUGGGCUUCAACAGAUCUGUCCAUGUCUACAACUUUAUGGGCAUUCAGUUCGACUCCCAAGAAAAGAGAUUGACGGAUGGAAGAAUGCCCUGAAAGAGAUCUGUUCACGCUCAGGGUGGUCCAUGGAUAUAACUGGAGGCUUCGAAGCUCAGCUAGUGAAGAGGGUGGCGAAUGAUGUAAUUAAGACAUUGGACAGGGUGCCGUUAGAAGUUGCCAAGCACCCAGUUGGAUUGGAAAGCGUGACCGACGAUAUCAUUCACAAAUUUAAACUCAAUUCAAAGGGAGGUGUGGUUAAACCUGGAUUAUGGGGCAUUGGUGGAAUUGGCAAGACCACAGCUGCCAAGGCUCUGUAUAACCAAGUGUAUGGUGAUUUUGAUUCUGCCUCCUUUGUAUUUAAUGUCCGCGCUACUGCUGCAGAUGCCACGGGCCUCACAAAAUUGCAGAGAAAAAUUAUUAAAGAUGUAACCAAAUGUGGUGAAGAAGUGGACAGUGUUGAUGAAGGAAAGUCUUUUUUGAGGGAUCGUCUGGGAGGAAAACGCCUGCUUCUCAUUCUAGAUGAUGUGGAUGAUGUUGUGCAAUUGAAUGCUUUGGUUGGGGAUUGGCUAGCCCCUGGUAGCAGAGUUAUUAUUACUUCUAGAGACAAGCACAUUUUUCAUGUAGCGGGCGUUUCAUCUGAAUGCAUCCACGAGAUGAGUGGAUUGCAGGGAAAUGAAAGUAUCCAGUUAUUUAGUUGGCACGCUUUUCUGAGAGCAUCUCCAAGCCCCACUCAGAAGGAUCUCUCCAAAAGAAUAGUUGAAGCUUGUAAGGGGCAUCCUCUUUCACUGGAAGUGAUUGGAGCCUUUUUGUAUGAUAAGCACAAUGAAACAGAUUGCUGGACAGAAGCUGUCGGCAACAUUACUUUAAACCAAGACAUUCAAAAAACUCUAUACAUUAGCUACAGUGCUCUUAGUGAAGAGGAAAAGGAAAUAUUUCUGGACAUUGCUUGCUAUUUCAUCGGAGAACACAAAAGGUAUCCCAUUGUUUUCUGGAAUUCUUUGUUAAGGAUGGUGCACACAGCUAUCUCUAAUCUUUCCUUGAAGUUACUGAUAAAGAUUGACGAGGAAGGAGUGUUUGAUAUGCAUGAUCAUUUACGAGAUAUGGGGCAAACCAUCGCUGAAGAGGAAAAACAGGGUACCCGACUAUGGGAGACAGCUCAUUUAAGCACCGUAUCCAAUAACACCAAUUUCUCUCGCCUUCGACUGAGUGGAGGUAAUUCACAAAGGGUUGAAACAUUGUACAGACCUGGUCUACGAUUUCUUCACUUGAAGAAUCUGCUCCUUGACACGCUACCCACGAUUCCUUCAAGUUUAAUAUGGUUGAGGUUGGAAGAAUGUAGAUUUGCAAUACAAAAGACAUUUCAAUUCAGUCUUCUGGAUAACAUUUUGCAAUUGAGGAUACUGCAAGUACACGGUGAUGUUUCCAUCUUCUUUCAAUAUUCACUUUCUAAUAUUCUUGCCAACCUAGCACAGCUGCAGCAUUUACAUUUGAAGAGGUGGACAAAAUUAAAUAAAUUUUUUGAUAAUAUUGACAACCUAUCACAGUUGCAGAAUUUAGAUUUGAUUAGAUUUAAAAAAUUAAAGUUCCUUCCUCAUACUAUUGGGAACCUAUCACAGUUGCAGCAUUUAGACUUGAGAGCAUGCACAUUAUUAAAUAAUCUUCCUGAUACUAUUGGUAACCUAUCACAGCUGCAGCAUUUAUACUUGACAGGGUGUACAAAUUUAAAGAACCUCCCUUAUACCAUUGGUAACCUAUCACAAUUGCAGCAUUUAGACUUGAGUUGGUGUAGAAAUUUAAUUAACUUCCCUAAUACCAUUGGCAACCUAUCACACCUACAUCAUUUAAAUUUGAAAGGGUGUAAAAAUUUAAAUAACCUCCUAGAUACCAUUGGCAACCUACCACAGCUGCAACAUUUAGACUUGAAUUGGUGUAGAAAAUAAAAUAACCUCCCUGAUACCAUUGGCAACCUAUCACACCUGCAACAUUUAGACUUGAAUUGGUGUAGAAAAUUAAAUAACCUCCCUGAUACCAUUGGCAACCUAUCACAGUGAAUGCCGACGAGUGACUUAUUCUUCUGACAGUGGUGGGAAGAGAUAUUGAAGGUAAGGUGCGUGCACGAUAAGUAAUGUUACUUCCCUCCAUACGAAAAGAUGUUUAGAGUAGGAGAAUUCAUACACACUUUUUUCUUUUUUGAAUUUGACACAUUUGUGAUUGGUGAUGAGUUUCUUUCCAGAGAUGCGCUCAAGUUUGGAAGAUUGGAGAUUACACUACACCGCUUCUAUGAUGAUCAACGGCUUGAGAUGGCUGAAUUGCAUGCAUUGAGAACAAUUCUGCAAAGAGAUCUUGCAGAGAAGUCGCCAAAGUGACAACUGCACACUAGCUUACUUCUGAUGUUUUCUCUCUAAUUCAAAAUUCAACACAGGUAUUGAUGCGAAGCAUUUCUUUUUAGAUUUACAAUUGAGAUAUAAAGUUACUAUAAAGAGACCUAAUUCAACUUAUUUUGUUCGCGUUGAAAUCAUUCUUCUCCAAUUUAUACUGUUGUUUGAAAAUAUGUGUGUAAUUUAUGACAAAGCUUCAUUUGCUGGUGAAUUGCCAAAACUUUUUCUCCUUAUAUAUACACUUUAUCAUUAGCCAGUGUGAAUCCCAACAAGAUGUGCUCAACUUGCUCAACUUGCUUUUACAAAGCAAUAAUUGUAUCUGCCUCAGUAGAAACUGAAGAAAAUUCACAGGCUGCAUCUAAUACUUGUUGUUCAAUUGCUCAAGUGAUCACGUCAAGUUUGGCAACUACUCUGCCUGUUCCAUUGCCCGCUUCAUAACUGACCGUGCAUCAUCAGCAGCUAAAACAGAGAUGCCUUCACAGUUGGACUCUAUCAUAUCUAACUCCCAUAUGAUCAAAAACAGUAUGGAGAAUCUAAAAGACGUUGAUUGGGACAGUUCUCAGUGUUUUCUAGUCCCCAUCACAGUAGAUUCUGAAUGCACAUAUUCGCAUUAAUCAAUUUCAGAAGAUUCUUCCA